GACUUUGAACGUGAAGUAGUCAAUUUAUGAAUUUUUUUCUAUUGUUUUACGUUAACCAGUAGUUUAUUAUGAGGUAUUUAUUUUCACGUUUUCUUUCAUUUUGUAUGUCAUACUAUAAGAAACAACUGGAAUCAAUGGAAGAAGACACAGAACUACGAGAGAAAUUAUUCCAUGAUGCAGUCAGAGAAUAUGUGAUUUUCUUGCUUUUCUUCUUGAUAUUAUGCCUCUCUUCAUAUGCUCUUAUAUCUACUUUUCGAAAAAAGAGAGAAGAACUUUAUUCUGGAGAUGAUGAAGAUGCUUUAGUGUAUCGAAUAUCGAUGUGGAUGUGCACAUUUUCUUUGGGCAUCUCUUUAGGUGCAGCUUUACUUCUGCCUAUUUCCAUUGUUAGCAACGAGGUCCUGUUAUUUUAUCCCAAUAGUUACUAUGUGCAAUGGUUAAACAGCUCACUCAUUCAGGGAUUAUGGAACUACAUUUUUUUAUUUUCCAAUAUAUCCAUUUUUGUUCUUCUUCCAUUUGCCUACCUGUUUCCUGAAUCUGAGGGACUUCCUGGUUCCAAAAAGGGGAUUAUGGCACGAGUGUAUGAAACGUUCCUUGUUUUAGUUCUUCUGGGCCUUCUUACAUUAGGAAUGACAUAUAUCUUGUCUGCUUUACUUGACACUGGUAGCAUACGAUCAUUCUUUACUGACGAUAAGUGGGAUCUCCACACAGUCUUCCUGUGUGUAUGGAAGUAUUACCUUCCUUUCUUGUACUCAUGUGUCUCGUGUCUUGGUGUGUUGAUGUUGUUAGUGUGUACACCUGUUGGCUUUGCUAGACUGUUUACUGUAGUGGGAGGAUUAGUUAUAAAACCAAAGUUUCUUAGAGAUGUUCAUGAUGAAUAUUAUGCUGCUUUAUUCGAAGAAGAAGGGCUUCGAAUGAGAAUACAAAACACUGCCUACUCAACAGCCUAUUCGUGUACAGUGCAAAACGGCACAAAUCACUUAGUUCAAAAACUUCAGGAAACUGAACGAGUUAGAAAAGAACUAGAGCAUCAGACUAAACUCUCGCCCAUAAGAAGGAACUUGGUCUAUCCCGUAGUAAUGCUUUUACUCUUGGGAUUAACUGGAAUUUCAGUUUUAAUGGUAGCUCACAACACCCUAGAACUUUUAGUGGGCAUUCGAGCUCUUCCUUUAUAUUCUAAGCAAUUUUCUCUAGGUAUAAGCUCCCUGUCAACUCUAGGACCAGUUGGAGCUGCCUUAGAAAUAGUCCUUAUCUUAUAUUUAUGGUCUGCUUCAGUGGUAGGAUUGUACACUUUACCCCUGUUCUGUCGUAUUCAGCCCACAGUGCACGAUACUUCCAUGACACAAGUUGUGGGAAAUUGUGCAGUACUUCUUGUUCUCAGCUCAGCUUUGCCUGUAUUGACACGAACAUUAGGAAUUACUAACUUUGAUCUGCUAGGAGAGUUUGGAAGAAUUGAGUGGUUAGGAAAUUUUUACAUCAUUCUUUUUUAUAAUGUGGUAUUUGCUGGAGCCACAGCAUUAUGUCUAGUUACAAAAUUCACAGCAGCCAUGAGGCAGGAAUUGCUGCGUCGCCUGCGCUUCCUUGGAAACUGGACUUUGAGACGAGAGAAUCGAUCCUUCUCGGUUAAUGGUGGAAAUACUCGCCUUAAGGAUGAGUAAAGAGAAUAUUUCUAAAACAAAGAUUGUGUACGUUUAAGUACAUCCAGUUGGUUGAAUUGUCAUUAAUUUGAUACUUUGCUUUGGGAAUAUUUAUUUGAAGUAUUUUUUGAAUAUAUAUGUUCUAACAGAUAAGAAGUGUUUUUCAUUAUAUUCUACCUGUAAAAAACACAACAUUUCCAAGAAGAGAUUCAAAAUAUUAUGAUUUCUAUAAUAACUACUACAAUUUCAGUUACGUGUCAGUACAAGUUUCUUAGUUAUAACAGCUUAAUUAUAAUGGAUAAGUUUUCAUUUCUGUCUAACUUUUUGCCGAUGAAAAUUAUUUAUAUUGAGCUUCCGAAAUUCCACUGCAUAUUGUGGUAUAAAACUUUUCAGGGAUUAUAUUUUUCAUCAUCGUUAGGCCUUGGAAUUCGUAAUUUUAAUUAGCUAUCUUUUUCUGCUAGACAAGUGAUUAUUAAGGCUAUUUUCCAACUGCUAGUCAGUAUCAGCAGUCAGUCAGAAUUUGCCACAAAAGUGGAAUUUAUGGUUAUGCUCAUCAUAUGUUAGCUAUGUUAAAUCAAAAUUUCACUUUCUCAGAUUUAUUUCAUAGGUGAAUCAUUUUUAAGAUUAAAAUUUGUUUGAUUUUGUCUUUGUUAAGCAAUAUUUAGUAUUUUUAAAUAAUGUUCCUUGGCAGUCACUCCUCGUUGUACCUAUAAAUUUUGUGUUUAGUAAAAUUAUACUCAUGUUAUUUUGCUUUUGUAAAAUGUAGCUAUAAAUGACACAGCUUAUUAAGAAAAUCAACAUUCUUCAAACAAAAUAUUUGAAUAAAAUUUAAACUAAAUCAUGAACAGCGUGAAAUUAACAUCAUGCUAACAACUUUGGAUUUACAACAUUAACUUGAGGUGGUUUUGAUUUAAAAAAAAAAAAACAAUAACAGUAAUAUUGUGGCCUUAAAAUGAUGUUAAUGUAUUUAGCAUUCCCAAAAUUAUCUCAUAACCACAUGCCAAUUUACUAAACUUGUGUAGAAUUGUUAACACUUACAACUCGAGGAGCAACAUUUACACCAUUAUGGCAGUGAAAGACCAAAUCUUGUCCAUGCCAAUAUAUUAAGGUAUUCAAGAUAUCCUUUAUGAACUUGUUCUGCAUGGACAAUGCUCAGCGAACACAGAAAUUUGAUAGAGAAGAGUCCUGUUUGUGACUAUUGUUGAAAAAUGAGGAAAAUUAAUUACUUUGCAGUAAGAAGUUAUGUCAUUCAAAAUUAUAAAAACAUUUGUUGCCAUACAUUAAUAUUUUUUGACUUUUUCACCCAAUAAUGCCAUUAUAUCUGUCAAAUACAGUUAUUGUCAUUAUAUGUGAGGGUGAUUGAUCUUGUGUUGAAGUAUCAACACAACUUGUUUUACUGAUAGGUUUAGGGUAGUCAGCUAAUUGAAGGUCAAAGAAAAAAAGAAGUGAAAAAUCUAAGUCGGCUGUUCUUGGGCUGGAUGAAAAUGUAUAUUUCAUGUAAACAUCUAUGAAAGGUGACAAAAAAAAGAUUUGGGUUGAUCAAGCAGCUUAAAAAGAAUCAGUAUUGGCCACUGCUUCAUAAUUAAAAAUAGUGUAAAAAUUGGAAGGGAAAUUAGUUUAUUUCUGGAAAAAAAAUACUUUUGAACACAAUCUCUGCAAGGGGUGGAUUUAUAACCUGUGUGCAACCAGCAGCUAACAGUAAAUAUAAACAAAGUGUAAUUGUGUUAAAGCACGAAACAAAGUUUACAUCACUUUAUAAAAUUACACUAACAAUAUUUAUGUAUGUUGUCUUAGUUAUUUCCAAAAUGUUUUACUAUCGUGACUUAAUGCUCACAUCUUGUACAGUCAAUGAUAGCAAAAACAACCUUUAAGUCAUCGAUUUACUGAUUUGUUUAGAUAAUUUUGUAGUGACACCUAUCUUUGUAUUAUCUUUAUAAAUAACAAUAUACAAAGAUAUAUAUAAUGUGCAUUUUUAUAAAGUACAGAAUAAAGAUAGAGCAAAAUUUUGGUUUACAGAAAUUAACAUAUAAAAUACGUGAAUUUUAUUUACAAUUAAAAUGUUUUGGAUGGCUUGUUUUGAUUAUUUUCAAGUGUAUUAAUACCAGUUGAGUUAACAAGAAAUGGUUGUCUUCAUUCAUCCAUAUAUUUUUUUUAACACCUACCACACAUGCUCGAUCACUUUGAUAUUACAUUCAAAUAUAACUUAACACACUUUUUAUUCUCAAAUAAUUCAAUAAGUUAAAUAAAUAUGUUCAAACUUUUUUUUUAGUGGUUAGGAAUUAUGAAGUUAUCAUAUAGUUAUAUUUUGAAUGAAAGAAAGUUGCUGUUGCAUGGUGUUAAUUUUCUAACAUGGUUUAGUUUCACAGUCUUGUAAUGGAUGGCAUGACUUUUAUUUUUAACACUUACUAGUUGCUGAAUUCUGUGUGUGUGUGUUUGGUACAUAAACUACGUUUUAUCACAUUUGUGAAGAUACUUACCUGGCUUUGUUUUUUUUCAAAGUGAAAAUAAGUAAAUAUGUCCUCAUAAAACUUAUCUCACUUUCAUUAUUAAGUAUUUACCUAGAUUGUGUUUUGCAGAUGCACCAGUUAUUAAUUUGCUUUGAUAUCAAAACUGUUUUUCUGAACAUUGUUGAUAAAGUUAUUAUAUUUCUCUUGUUGGACAACUUCACAUCAAAUAACUUGGGGAAAAAUUUGUUAUCAUUGCAAUCUGUCUUACUGAAACAGUAAAUACAUAAUCCCACUUGUGAUGCAAAAUUUAUCAGGUGAAAGGUCCUGCAGAACUGAUCAAUCAAUUGAAAAUACUUACAUCUAGCUUUCCUCGGACCUUUAAGUUACGUGUUUCUUAUGUAUUGUUGUGAACCUAUAAAACCUAAAAGAUGUUAUUUUUCAUUAUCUUAACAUCGCAUAAUAUAAAUUCUAAUGAAAGUGUUGAAAAAUUGUUUCAUUUAUUUGUGUCUUUUUAAGAAAGGAACAACUCCCAUAUUUUUCAAUAUAAUACUGUUUAUUCGUUGAUUAUUAAACCUUAUUCUUAUAUAUAUUUCUUUUUGUUGUUAAGUAGUUUGCUUAUUUUUACAUGGAACGAAUUUUCCAAAACUGCCAUAGUUGGACUGUGCUUAAGCUGCAUUUUUGAUGAUAAUCUAGUCUAAUCAUCUUGACUAUGUUUUGACAUUUCAUUGAAAAAAUACUUGCAGCAUGUGUUUGUUUUUAUAGGACAUUUCAGACAUUCAUUUAUUGAAUUACUGAAGCUCAACUGGUUUAGUUAGAAGUUAUAAAAAUCAAAACACUGAUGUUAAAGAACUAGUUAUGAUUGUGUAGCUUUAAUAAUGUAAAUAGGUUUGUGUCUUUUUAAAAAAGUGGACCCUUGCAAAACCAGUCACAAGUUUGAUGUGACUUAUGCCAGUGAUACGUAUCAAACGUAUUUACUGCCUUUAUGUAACCAAUCGGUUUUUUACUUUUUCUCAUUGACGACAAAUGUUGAACUUUCUUGUAUUGGUUUUUUUUUUGUAACAUCCAUGAAUUUGACCAAUUUUGCAUUAUCCAAAUAUAUCGAAGAUUGAGAUAACAUUUUAUUAAGCACACAUACUUAUAUGUUGUCUUUUUUUUUAUUAUUGCUCCAUGGUAUCUCAGCAAUAAAUUUGAUGGUUUAUAACAUUAAAAUUCAGGGUUUAAUUCCUAUUGUGGGCAUGAUGCAGAUAGUCCAUUGUGCAACUUUGCACUUAAAAAACAAACUUUUUUAUAAUCAAAAUCUGAUUGUACAAUAUUCAUUAUGUAUUUCUCCAAAGAUGUAGAAUAUAUAUUGAACAGAGAUUUCUUUCAGAAAUGUAUUAUGAAUAAAACAGUGAUUGGAGUUCAUAAAUUUAUCAAAGUUAUCAGAUUCCAGUACAAAAUAUUAUUGAAACAUUUAAACCUAACUGAGUAUAACCUGUUUUUAACAAGCACUGCUAAAAACUCAUGAGGGGGUGGGGGGUAAAAAUUACUUAAACAUAAUAGCCUCCUCUUGGCUCAUACUUCAUGACAGAGUAAUAAUUUAAAGCAUACAGGUUGGGCUUUGGUUUAUGGAAAAUUAGACCAUGCAGUCUUUAUUGUCAUUUCACUUUUUUGAAAAGAACAAAUGUAAAAGUUUUGUAUUGGUUUAUGUUUUGUAAAAGCAAGAAAAUAAAUGAGAAGAAUAAAUGUUUUGGUCGUAUGGGUGGGGGGGGUAAUAAUGAAUGUAUAUCAUGUACAUUAGUUUGGUUUAGAUGCAUACGUUGUAAUAUUUAAGUAUCUUAAACUGUAUUAUAUCAUCUUUGUUUCAGAUGUACAGUUGUACAAGAAAACUAUUAACUAUUUUAAUUUGCAAAUUAAACAGGAUCACAACCCUACAGUUAUAAAGAUCAAUUUUAUAUUCAAAGCCAAGUACUUUUGUACUGAAGAAAGAAGUAUAAUUAUUUAUAAUCAAAAUAAGUUAAACAACUUUUAUAGCUUUUCAUCUUUACAGAAUGGGUAACUACAGUGCUAUGUCUGCAGACUUACAAUGUUAGAAACUGGGUUUCCAUUCUUGUGAUAGGUAGAGCACAGAUAGCUCAUUAAAAAUCCAGGAAAACAAGUUACAUUAGUGAAACAAGGACAAGUUAUUGUAUGUAUGUUUAAAACAAAUAAGAAGUAUAUGUGCCAAGCCAAAAUCUACUUUAAAAUUAUUUUUAGAAAAAUAAAUUCAGGCAUGUUUUCUAAACACAUAAAAUUAAGCUUUAAUAUGUCUAAAUAAACAAUCGGUAAAAGCUUUUAGUGUGUGUGUGUGUGUGUGUAUCUAUAUAUUUAUGCACACACAAAAAAGUAAUGUCAAAAAUUAUAUGAAAUUAUGAAAUGCAAGCACUAGAUGUUUGUUGAGAUUAAAUUACUUAACAUAUAUUGUUCACAUCGAAAACAUGAUUGCACCAAAAUAAUGUAACAGUAUUAUUUUAUUAUAUAAAAUGGUAGUGUCAAUAAGUUUUCACUAUUAUUCUAAUUUUUUGUCAGAUUCUGCAAUUCUGUUUUGUACUGCUCAUAUGUUUAUUCUUUUUCUUAAUGUAGCCGUAUAAGCUCAAUAUUACUAGAAAUAUGUAAAUGUUAGUUUAGAUGUAAAAGAAAAUGUGAUUAAAUUAUGGCAAAGACUUUAAAUACCGUAAUUUUGUUACAGUGGUCACAUAGUUUUAAAGUACAUUGUGAAUUGAAUCGAUUUGAGUAUUUAGUUUAAGGACUGUAAAUAUGCUCUUUAUUUGAUGGUAGUAUUAUGUUCACAUUCAUCUGUGGAUGUGCUCUUUAUCUGAUAUUUCUGAGUUCAUGUUUAGAUGUUGAUAAGCUUUUAAUCUGAUAGUACCUUUCUGUUCAGAUUCAGAUGUCACUUUUUUGUUCAUAUUCAGCAUACUGAAUAAGGUAAUUUAACUUGCUUUAAACAAAAACAUAAUGAUUAGUGGAAAUAGAUGAACUAGAAACUGUGAUAGUUGAUAAUGCUCAAGAACAAGGCCAGUAUCUGUUCCUGUAUGAAAGGUAGUAGUAUGUUUAAAAACAAUCUGUGAUGUGUUUAGCUCCUUAUAUAGAAACUUUUGAAUGACCUGAGCUGAUUGUUUGUAGCAUCUGUACUUUUUCAUAUUGUAAGUAGUUUGGCAUGCUAAUAGCUUCACAAGAUUAACACAGUUGGUGUGCUGAAAAAUACUUAUAGAAAUGAGUUUGUUUGUUUUUUUCCAUUGUUCUGAAUAACUUGAGUUUGAUUUAUUUGUCUGCUGACUUGACUUUCUUUGGUACUAACUCAGUAUGAAUGGUAUGCUGUAUGUAAAGGAUUUGUUAUAACAAUUUAUAGGUAGGUUUUCAUUAUUGUAGUUUGUUCUAAGUUUUGUUGUUUUUGAAACUGAUAUGCAGCAAUUUGUACAAGAUUGGACAUCACAGUUUACACUAGCUCAACACACAGGAAUGU